AUGUCACUUAUGCAAGCUCGACCUUCAGAGAGGCUUCUCAAGCAGCUCGCCAGGCCCGCUCCGCAAAGCCUGAGCCAGGAUGCCCCUUCUUCUUCUAGACGCAGGGCUCGGCCACCUUCCGAUGAUUCUGAUUCGGAUGAUCAACCGCUGGCCCAGAGACUUCGCCGCCGAGACCCUCAACUUGCGCCAGACUCGGGUCCGUCUACUCUCCCUUCUCCUUCCCCUCCUGUGGCUGUCGCUCCUCCUCCUCCGCCUCUUACUGCAACCCCAACUCCUGUUCCACGCCAGGCCAAUGUUCCACCCGAUUUCACCACAGCUCCGGUCAAGCCUCCCACUGCUCAAUCUUCUCCUCUAGCUCAACCUCCUACUCAACCUUCUACGUCACCACAGCCCCAAAGCACCGAGGUUGACCCCUCACGUCACACUUCGCCAACUACCUCACCUCCAGAGCCAUCUCCUGUGCCUCCAUCGGCUCCUUCUGGGUCAGCUGCUAGGCCUUCUAGCUCCACCGCGGGGCCUUCACAACCACCUCCACCUGCAUGUGAAGAAUCCGUGACGAUAAAUCAAUCCUUUCACGCAGCUCAUCAUCAAAAUAAGAUGCUGCAAGACAAGGUAGCUGAACUGGAACUUCAACUGAGUGACCCGGCGCAGGCCAGUCAUGCCUUGAGGGCUGAAAUAAAAGCUAUAACAAAAAAGAAGAAUAGUCUGGAAGUAUCCUUGACGAUAUCUGACCAAAAGCUGAAGAACCUCAAGGAAGAAAGAAGUCAAGUCGAGGUUGUGCAUCAGCAACUCAUGGAUCAGGGAGCUUUGGAGCAUCAGCGAGCUAUGGAUCAAUUGGCUCAAAAGUUGCGUGCCGCCGAAACUUUAGCGCAGGAGCAAGACAAGAAGCUAAAAUCCUUGGAGGCCCAAUUGACAUCCCAAACAGCAGAACUAUUGGCUGCUCGAACUGAACUAGAUCAGGCUCGGGCUGCUACAAAAGGCGUAUCGACAGCCCUGGCCCUUUAUAAAGAAGGAGACAAUGACCACCACCAACAGAGCCGCGCUCUGUACCUGCGUUCUCCAAAAUUCUGUACCCAAGCAGGGCAGUGCUUCUCCACUUCUGUUACUUAUGGUGCGGCCGGGGCUCUGCGUCAACUUUAUGAACAAGACUAUUUGAAGUCAGCUCCGCCUCCUGAAUUUUUAGAUCAUGACCGGAUCCUUAAAGAGAUCUCAGAUGAGAUUUUUGCUCCUUUCAAGUGA